AUGGCGGCAGUCAAAGAGUCGAUGAGGAAAGGAAAGGAUGUGACAGCGAAACAGCUGAAGGCUGAUCAAAGGAAAAUGAGACUGGAAGGAUGGAAAGAGAAGACAGACAAGGUCAUUGAAGCUAGACGACCAGACAUCGUUCUCUUAAAGAAGAAGGAAAAGGAAUGUGUCAUCAUAGAUAUUGCGAUUCCGGGAGACUGCAGAGCUUGGCGUAAAGAGGAGGAAAAGAUACAGAAGUAUAACGAUCUGGCAUGGGAGCUGAGAAGGGUAUGGAAGGUGAAGACGAAGGUGGUACCAAUAGUCAUCGGAGCCUUAGGAACAGUGACAACAAGACACAGAAGCUUUCUGGCUGUUCUAGGAGUCGAGGUGUCCUUUGAAACGAUACAGAAGGCAAGCUUGCUUGGAACAGCUCAUAUCUUACGGAAGGUCUUGAAUUAG